UGAAAACAAAUUAGAAGAAUUGCAGGAAGCUGUGAUCAUAAUCGUGCGCCGUUUCGAACAGAACAAAGCGGGACUUUCAUUUAAAACAAAUAGGUGUUAAGACCGCAAUUAACACAUUAUCUUACUUUUAUUUGUUGAAUUAAAAUGAUCGAUAUGAUUGAGAAAGAAGACGCCAUUAUUAGUGAAGAGGAGGCUGCACAGUAUGAUCGCCAGAUCCGCUUGUGGGGACUGGAUGCUCAAAAGAGGUUGCGUGGAUCCCGUGUACUCCUGGUUGGACUAGGUGGCCUGGGUGCCGAAGUGGCGAAGAAUCUCAUUUUGGCCGGAGUGAAAGGGUUAACCUUACUUGACCAUGAACAGGUGACUGAAGAGUCCCGCCAGGCCCAGUUCCUGAUCCCAGUGUCUGCGUUGGGUCAGAACCGAGCCAAGGCCUCCCUGGAGCGAGCCCAGGCUCUCAACCCCAUGGUGGAGGUCAGAGCAGACACGGACAACGUAGAGUCCAAACCAGACGAUUUCUUCCUAAAGUUUGAUGCUGUUUGUUUAACGCGAUGCUCGAAGAAACUCAUGAUGCGCGUGGACCAACUCUGUUCCCAGAAAAAUAUUAAGAUUUUCUGUGGAGAUGUAUUCGGCUAUCAUGGGUAUAUGUUCUCAAACUUGGGGAAGGAGCAUCAUUAUGUUGAGGAGAAGCCCAAAGUCAAGAAGCCAGCAGAGGAGUCUUCAGACGGCCCUGAGCCAAAGAAAGCCAAGAUCGACCCCAAUGAGACCACCAUGGUCAAAAAGACAGCUAGUUUCUGCUCACUCAAGGAGGCUUUUGACAUUGACUGGACGACUGACAAGGCUAAGAAAAGCAUCAAGCGCACACCAAAAGAAUACUUCCUUCUGCAAGUGCUGCUGAAGUUCCGCUCGGAUAAAGGUCGCGACCCCCAGCCGGCUAACUUCUCGGAGGAUGCGGAGCGCCUUCUGCAGCUGAGCGAGGAUGUCCUGCAGCCCAAAGGUCUCCAGACCGACGUCUUGCCACAGGACUUCACCAGCUUCUGCUUCUCUGAGAUGGCCCCUGUCUGUGCUGUGGUCGGAGGGGUGCUGGGACAAGAGAUUGUCAAGGCCAUUUCUCAGAGGGAUGCCCCCCAUCGGAACUUCUUUUUCUUCGACGGAGUAAACGGAGGAGGUGUAGUGGACUACUUCAGCCGGGAGUGACCAUGCACAAUGUUUGGAUUAUUUUGUUGUUUUCUUUGGCAAACACAAAUCAGUGAUACUGUCUUUUGUCCUCACUUUGUCUGUAUGGUCAAAACAAGUAACUAGUGAGAGAACCCAAUACAAAAAAACAAUGUACGGCCCCCUUUUUUAGUUUAUAGGUGUACCCAUGUAAAAAGAAGCCAUAUUUUCCAUUUAUACACGUUUUUUUAUGCAUUUAAUUUUCCUCUGAUUCAUUAAACCUUUUGAAAAUACA